AUGGUCUUCGUCUUCACCAUGCACACCUUUCUGUCUCUCGUGGUCCUUAGUGUGAGUCUGCCCGCCUUGCUGGCGACAAUAGACUACCGUGCGCUGUGGCAGUUCAGGUCCAUGAUCCUCUGUACCAUCCCCGAUAGCUGGCCUGCACUGGACUACGCAGACUACGGAUGUUACUGCGGCAAAGGAGGCUCGGGCAACCCGGUGGAUGAACUGGACAGGUGCUGUCAGGUGCAUGAUCAGUGUUAUUCGGACUCAUGGCAGCAGGAUGACUGCUGGGGUAUCUUAGACAACCCCUAUACUGAAAUAUAUUCAUUCUCAUGCGACAAACCGGCAAGGAAAAUCAGCUGCAAUGCUGACAAGAAUCGCCCCUGUGAGAUGUUCAUAUGUGAAUGUGACAGAAAAGCCGCCGAAUGCUUUGCACAAGCGGGUUACAACCAAGAUCAUGUCAACUAUCCAAGUAAUAACUGCAAAUGACCUGACACUAGAUAAAGUUUUAAGACUGUCCUUAAAGUCUCAUUAAACAUAGAAAUGGUA